AUGGACUUCGAACAUUUUGGUCACAAACUUUAUUCGAUUGUCAGUCAAAAUAAGAAUAAUCAAAAUGUAUUUCUUUCACCAGCAAGUAUUGCUCUUGCUAUGUCAAUGUGUACAGUUGGUGCUCGAAAAGAAACAUUAGAUCAAAUGCUACAUGUUCUGGAUGCAUCAUCAAUAGACGAUUUAACAAAAACAGCUGAAAAAAUUAUGCAUGUAUUUUCUAUUGCUGAUCACGAUACACAAGUUCAACUUAAAUUAGCUAAUCGUCUUUAUGCACAAAAAGCCUAUAAAAUUCAACCAGAUUAUUUAAGUCUUGUUCAAAACUCUUUCAAAGCUAAUAUUAAACUUGAAGAUUUUGAAAAUGACACUGCUCAUGCUGUUCAAACAAUAAAUACAUGGGUUGAAGAACAAACUAAUAAAUUAAUUCAGAAUUUACUGUCGAAAAAUGAUGUUACACGUGAUACACGAUUAAUCAUUGUUAAUUGUAUUUAUUUUAAGGGUACAUGGAUAAAACAAUUUCAAGAACAAUUCACUACACAAAAUGCUGAUUUUCAUGAAGCUAAUGGUAACAUAUCAAAAAUAAAACUAAUGUAUCAAAAAGAAAAAUACGCUUAUGCUGAAAAUAACGAUUUACAUGUACAAAUUGCUCAUUUACCGUAUAAGAGUGAAAAUCAAGAAGUUCAAUUUGUUUUUACUGUAAUUUUACCUAAGCAAGGUGUUUCAUUGGAUGAAGUUGAACAAAAAUUAACAUCAAAGCCCGACUUAAUGGAAAAAGUGUUAAAUGAUGAAAAUACUAGAACACAAGAACUUCUUUUAUAUUUACCAAAAUUUAAAAUGGAAGCUGCAUUUGUGUUAAAUGAUGUUCUUAUACACCUUGGAAUGAUAAAUGCAUUUAGUGAUAGCAAAGCAGAUUUUACUGGUAUUGUCAGUCAACAAGAUGAUAGAAAUGAUUUAUAUAUUAGCAAGGUUAUUCACAAAGCGUUUAUCGAUGUCAAUGAAAUAGGUGAUAUUNUGGAUGAAGUUGAACAAAAAUUAACAUCAAAGCCCGACUUAAUGGAAAAAGUGUUAAAUGAUGAAAAUACUAGAACACAAGAACUUCUUUUAUAUUUACCAAAAUUUAAAAUGGAAGCUGCAUUUGAAUUAAAUGAUGUUCUUAUACACCUUGGAAUGAUAAAUGCAUUUAGUGAUAGCAAAGCAGAUUUUACUGGUAUUGUCAGUCAACAAGAUGAUAGACAUGGUUUAUACAUUAGCAAAGUUAUUCACAAAGCCUUUAUCGAUGUGAAUGAACAAGGCUCAGAAGCAGCAGCAGCUACUGCGGUUGUCAUGAAUCGUUGUUUCUCAUCAAUGGCUCCGAAACCAUCACCUAUUGAAUUCAAAGCUGAUCGACCAUUUUUAUUUUUCAUUCGUGAAAGUCAACAAAAUAUUGUUUUAUUUAGUGGCAAAUUUGUUUCACCACCAACAGUAUCAUAA